GGGGAGACGUCUGGAAAACAGCAUCUUUGCCUCCCCUCUGCUCCUCCCCUCUCCCCUCCCGGCAUCCUUCCCACGCUCCGCAGCUCCAGCCUUCAGCUCCCCGGAUCCUCCCCGAAGUGUCCCGAGCUGAGGUGGGCGCGUGGAGCCUCUGACCCUCUCUCGCCCACUCUCCCUCUCUCCGUCGCAGCUUCGGGGGGGCUAUGGAUGGACUGCGUUUACCUCCACUCAUCGAGGAGGCUUCGGACUCUACAGAUGACCCGUGCGAUCUGAAAGCAGAGUGCAGCCCCACCGUGGACGACAACACCACCGCAAAGGAGAGAGGCGUGCUGGAGGAGAACAACGAGAAGCAGGAGAUGGACCAGGAGAGAGCUCAGAAGGAGGAGGAGGAGGAGGAGGAGGGGAAGAUGAAGAACGAGCAGGAGCCACUGACGGAGGAGCAGGAGCUGGAGGAGCUGAGGGCCCAGGUGCUGGAGCUGCUGCUGGAGCUGGACGAUGCCAGAGAGACCGCCAACAAGCACCAGGAGACCUUCCAUGAGCUGCAAGGACUGCUGGAGGAUGAGCGUCUUGCAAGUGCCCAUCAAGCUGAAGCCUUCACACGGCAGAUCCAGAAUCUACAAGCCCAGCUGCGCUCCGUGCAGGAGGAGAUGGACAGCCUGGAGGAGGAGAAGGAGAGCGAGCUGGUGGAGGCCCAGGAGGAGCUGCGCGUCGCUCAGGAGGAGGUGAUCCUGCUCCAGCAGGCGGCGGAGGAGGCGGCGGCGGAGAGGGAGAACGACAUCGCCUCGCUGCAGGAGGAGCUGUGCCGCCGGCGGGUCGAGCUGCAGCGCCUCAGCGAGGAGACGCAGGAGUACGAGCUGGAGAUCACCACGCUGAGGGCAGAGAUCGGCAUGAAGAGCCAGCGCAGGGAGGCCGAGAGGAGAGAGGGUGACGUGGACCUGCUGAAGGAGGAGUGCCGUACGCUGAGGGAGGAGUGUCAGACCCUGAAGGAGGACAACAUACGCCUCACUGAGAGGCUGCAGCUGCUGCAGAGACAGAGGACAUGCUCCAGCGUCUACCUGUCUCUUAAAGAGGAAGACGUGGAGGAAGGCACGGAGGGGAAGGAGAUGGGGACCGGCUCGGAUGAGGUCAUAACGGAGAGUUACAUGACCAUGGCCAAGUCUAUUAACUGUCGCCUGGUGGACGCCUCCAUCCAGAAGAAUAUUUCAUUUGACGGGAAGCCCGUGACAUCAACCAGCUGGAAUGGAGGCAUGGGGGAGAUUUUCUCCCUGAGGGAGCAGCUCAAACAGGCGGAGGAGAAGGCCUGUAAGGUUCAGAGAGAGUGCAACGGUCUGAAGGUGGAGCUGCAGGAGCUGCAGGUACUGUAUGACAGCAGUCAGAGGGAGCGAGCAGAGCUGGAGGAGGAGCUGCAGCGCUGCAAGGCAGAGCUGGAGAAGCUGUCAGCGGGCGCUCAGAGAUUCACCCAUCCUUCUGAGCACCCUGUUCUCUCCAUCCCCUUCAUAGGAAUGAUUGUAAUAUUGGCUGUGGUCUGGUGCUGGUUGUCGGAGCUGGCAUCCCAGAGGGCAAGGGGAGUGAGGUAGGCUGGAACUCCAUUUUGACCAUCACUGCAGCCACGGCGGUGCUACUGAUGAUGACGAGCUUGUUGAGAGCUCUCGUCCGAUGUUGAUUGGACGCUUCGGACUGGCCCUUUGUUCUUCUUCCCCCCCCCCCGCCCAAAAUGUUUACGGACUCGACUGUAAAUUCUCUAAAUGUGCUGGAGCCGACAGCUGUGUAGAAGGAAAAAAAGAAGAUGUUGCCAAUGAGAUGGCGCUGCAAGCACCGGGAGAACGGCUGCGCUCGCUCACGCCAGACGCUGAGGAUGAUGAGGAGGAGGAGGAUGAUGAUGAUGAUGAUGAUGAGUUCGCCUGCUCUCACAUGAGGACUGAUCUCACUCCGCUAAGUGUGUGCCGGUGCCGCGUCACUCCUCCUUUGUGUCUGGGAAUGUAUCAUUUUCCUCGCUUCUAGUAAACAAAUGUGAUCAAAUUUAAGGUUUAGUUGCUUAUGUGCACCGAAUGUUUUAGUGUAUUUAACCAUUAUUUAUUUAUUCGUAUUGUUCAUAGUUUUAUCAGAUUGACAAACAUAGAAUCUGGACAGGUAAUGCACUGAAACGCUCACGUGUCUUAUAUAUGGGAUUAUUUUCUUUUUGUGAAUAAGUUGACUAUUAAUUACUUGUAGCUUCCCCCCCCCCGAAUACCGAAUGCAAUAAAUUCUACAUUCCACAAAAAAGUCCACGAGCGAACAUCAAUCCUGCCACUGAAUUGUGACCAAAACCUGGAAUCUGUAGGCACCAACAAUGUGUACGCACCAAUGCUACACUACAGUCAGAAGAACGAUGGCUAGAUAAACACCCGUCAAUCCAAGCCGAGCUCAUGCGGCUUAUGGUAAAUCCCUGUGUCUCUUCUGCCUCCUCACUUACAGUGAAUUAUCUUGUGUCUCCUCUCUGAAGAUGAACAACUCCCACUUUCCCCUUUAAUUAUCAGUUGGCCCACGAAGCCCAAAAAAAAAAAAAAAAAAAAGCCCUUUCGCUGCGUUGCUGAUUCAUCUGCACCUGUCCACAGCUCACUUUGAAACCCUUACACCCACGGCGACCUUGUUACACCACACAUUGCGGCCUGCUGCAGUUUUGUUAAUGGAUGUGCUCGCAAAGAUACCUGCUCAACUUUGGGACCCAAUUGUAGAACGUUCAAGCGUUUCAAAGUGCAGUAAUAGCUUUUGUUCUUUUUAUGGCUAGCGUAGUCGUAGUAUUGUCCUUUAGAUUUAUUGUGAUUGCAGGUUGUUGCAGGUACUCAAGUGGGGGAAUGUUUAUUAAAAACUAGCUUUACGUAACAAACUGCAGAUCUCAUGAAGUUGAGCGAUCAGGGUUUAGUAGUUGUGAGGCAGUAUUAGAAAUCAAUAUGGUUCCAAAAUGUGUCAAUCGAAAGGUGUCAGAAAAAUGUUUUAGCAUUAAUUGCAAAAAAUAUAAAUGUAUAUGUGAAAGGAUUAAUGUUUACAAAUGUGAAAUGCUUCUUUCUGUGGGAAAAAAAACUCCAGAACUGAAAAAAGAGGGUUAGAAAAAACAAUAGCAGCAAAAUAUAUACUUUAUGUUCAUUAAGUUCAUUUGUAUUUCAUGUAAAUAGUUAUGACAUAUGGUACUACGGGAGAGAUGUUUCUUAAAUCCAUUUGUACUAGCUUUGUAGAAACUUUAUUCUAUUUUGAAAGAGCAUUGUAUAUUUGAUAGCCAAAUUCUAUUCUGUGUAAAUGUUUAUUUAUAGUGACAUCACAAGGAAGAACUGCUAGUUUGCUAAGAAUUUUCAGUAUCUGUUUGAAGGUGAUUUAGUCAUUGCAUGCAUGUAGAUUAAAUUUGAUCUUAGUUGCUAUGAGCAAUAUGACAUUGGUCAAACAGAACCUUGCUAAGCAUUGCCUGGCCUGUUAUUUCUGCAUAUGAAAAUAUACUAAGGAAAGGCCCUUGGGCUGCCAAUGUUGUCACUGUCUAUUAACCAAUUCAUCAGUUUGCAAUGGACGUUAGAUUGCCAUUGACUGCAGUGAUAUAUAUAUAUAUAUAUAUAUAUAUGAUACAAAUUAAUUUUCUUUACUUCAUGACUCAGCGUCAUCAUAGUUUCACAAGCUCCUCUCUUGUUUCGCGGCUUAUUGUUGCUCGUUUGAUUGUUUGCAAUCUAGCUGUGGCUAUUUCGUUACCUGCAGGUCUAUUUUGUACCGCAAAUGACAUGAGACAAAUAAAUAUAUCCACCCCA